UACUCAUGACUUUUCAGUUUUAUCACAAGGGUAGUUUAGUUUUAGUCAUUUAAUGUCAUGAACAUGAUCUGUUUGUGUAAAGUACCAUAAUGUUUUGGGGAACAUGUUGGCUUUGUGGCUAAUUAGAGAUAGCACAAUAAAAUGGGAAUAUGGAAAAUUAGAUAUGGUUUAGCAUUAAGCCAAUAUAGCCCAUUAGAUAAGUAAAAAUUGUAAUGGGGAUUUAGUCACAGGAUUCCCAAAGGAAGAGGCUAUUGGGAAGAUCCUUAGACUAGUAGCUAUUCACUGGAAAUUUUAAUAUAGUUUCACCCAAUAAAUUAACUUUCUUAUAAUAAUGAAUGAAAUACAUUCCAAAAAGUCAAAAACAAAUUAAUUUCCCAACGUGUAAUAUAUAAUAGGUUGAGCCACUUGACAGUUGACACAAACACAAUAGGUUAGAUGUAAAUUUUAUUUAUUGUAAUAAUAAUAUUUGAAAUGUUUGGUCAUAAAGCUUUAUUUGGAGUUGGUUUUUUAAAUUUUGUUAAAACUUAAGUAAUAGAAUUCUAAUUGAAAUAAAUCUGUCUUAAUAAUAAUAAAAAAGAUACCAUUUGAUAUUUUAUUUUUUGAAGGCAAUACUAGUUGAUAUUUUGAUUAUAGAGUUUUAUUUAUUUUAUUUAAACACAAUAUAACCAUUGCUUAAGUCACUAGUUGCAACAUGUAUGACAGAGCAUGAGCCAUUUGUGCUGUGUCCGAGUUUGACUCUAAGAUGUGUUGGUGGGGCCUAGGAUAUAUCUGUACGCGCAUAAACCGAUGAAGGAGUUGACAAAGUUCAUGCUAUAAGAAUUCUUCUUCCUUAUUUCUCGCAGCGUUUACUCUGUAUAUAAGUUAUAAAAAUGCCACCGAAGCCUUAACUCACACUACUACUUUUAUGUUCUCUGACUUCACAGUACACAAAAUACAAAAGCAAAACUUUUGGCUCUUCAAAUACCUCUGCUCCGCUCAACUUAAAAGCGCUGGUUUGAAUCUGAUCCUUUGUGUCAGCGAGUUUUGGCCAUAGCCAGGCUUUGAAGUAAACUAACUUUUGUAGACUCUGCUAAAGCAAAAUGGUUUCCAACGCUACAGCUGGACUAACAUGUCCAUCCCCAAUGAAACCUACCUCAAAUGGCAUAUUUCAGGGAGAUGAUCCUCUUCAAUUUUCACUGCCUCUUGCCAUUUUGCAGAUAUGCCUUGUAGUUGUAGUUACAAGGGGUCAGGCUUUCAUCCUAAAGCCAUUAAGACAGCCACGAGUUAUUGCAGAGAUCAUUGCCGAAGGUUUCAUUGGCACUUUUCUUCAAUUACAACACCUCAUUGGGACCGCCUUAUCGGGUUUUGGUAGAUACCAACUUCAUCAAUUUCUCUCCAGAAUAAACUGGACUUGGAGAAGGGAAUGAUGGACUUCCUAUAUGCAAAAUGUGAGUUUAGAAUCAUUGGUUUCUUCAAUUUAAUGUGAAUAUUAAUUUGCUGCAAGAAUUGUUGUGCCGUGUUGAUGAGGUAUCCUAAGUUCAACAUAGUUGUUAAUGUGGUUUUAUAACAAGCAUUGAGUGCCAUUUAUCAUUGGCAAACACUUAAAUAUGUGUUGGUUGCUUAAUGAUAUUUAUCAAAAUAUUACUCUUGGUUGUGUGGAUGUCCAUAAGAAUGCUUAAGGAAUAAAAUGAGGAACUUUUUUUAAA